UCCACCCAUUUAUUUCUCGGGCAUUAAAACUGCACCUGUCUGCUAUUUUCUUCCAUCAGAGGGAUUAAAUAAGGCUAAUACAGAAAUGAAGAAUGUUCAUCUCAGGCACAACAUUAUGCGAUUUCAUUUUAUUUAUAUUUGGCUUGCUGGGGUUCUUCAACUCGUCAGUAAUUUACCGACUCUUGGAUCUAAAAAUAUUCCGAGACUUCUGAGCAAAGAUAUAAACAGUGGUGGGUUUGAAUACGAAGUCUAUCAGAAUCACACUGUCCUCUUUUAUGACGAGGAAUCUGAGCAGAUAUAUGUUGGUGGGACCGAUUUUGUGCUGAAACUUGAUAUGGAUGACUAUCAUGUUAUAGAGAACUUUACUUUGAAAUCCCUGGGGCAACAACAGUGCAAAGAGGGUCACUGUGAAUAUGUCGUCACUGUGAUUGAGAAGUUUCCGGACAGCCUGUUUGUCUGUGGAACAAAUGGACAUAAACCGCAGUGUAUGAAGCAUUUUUCUUCAGUGAACAACCAGACUCAUGUAAAUGUGGAGCCAUAUGAGGGGACAGGCAUCUCUCCAUUUGUUUACACACAUAACUCUGUAUCCCUCACUGCAGAGGGGGAUCUUUAUUCAGCGGCGCCUUUGGAUACUGAAGGAAGUUCAUUACAAUUCAGAAGGAAAGCUGGCAGCAGAACUAAUGUCUGGAUGUAUGACAACUGGGUCUCAGAGCCCACGUUCAUCACUGCUUCCUGGGUGAAGCGGAGGGAAGACCCUGACAACGAGAAAAUCUACAUCUUUUUCCGUGAAAAGAACUCCGAUCAGAAUCCGGAGGCUGACCCCUGGAUAUCGAGGGUUGCCAGAGUUUGUAAGGUAGAUGAAGGUGGAUCCAAACGAUUCUUCCAGAACAUGUGGACAUCUUUCCUCAAGGCCCGGCUUGUCUGUGGGUUUCCAGAAGAGUCUCUCUAUUUCAACCGUCUCCAAGACAUUUAUGUGAUGCAUGCGGAGGACUGGAAGGACACCCGAGUCUAUGCACUUUUCACGCUGUUCACAAGUAGCUGGAACUCCACAGCAGUGUGCAUCUAUUCAAUAGGAAUGAUUGAGGAAAUAUUUGAGAACUCGACUUUCAAGGGCUACAGCAAAGACGUCCCAAAACCAAGGCCAGGAACGUGUGUAAAAAACAGCAGGACCCUGCCACUGGCCACUGUUAAUAUGGUGAAGGAUCACCCAGAAAUGACUGACUGGGUCCACGCCGUGCAUUAUACAGCUCCAUUUUAUAUAAGCAGCAACAACUAUACCAAGAUAGCAGUGGACCGAGUCAAGGCAGCAGACCAGAACAUGUAUAACGUUCUGCUUCUGGCUACUGAUUCUGGGACAAUCCAUAAAGUCUUGGAGUCCGGGUCAGAACCUUUCAUCAUCUCUGAAACACAGCUCUCCAGCUGUUCAACCAUAAAAUCAAUGAAGCUUGUCUCCAAAAAGAAAAAGUUAGUGGUGGGUUUUUCAGAGAAAAUGUCUAUCAUGGACCUCCAGAGGUGUCAGGACUACAACAAGUCCUGUGCAGAUUGUGUUCUGGCCCGGGACCCGUACUGUGCCUGGACGAAGUUCGGAUGCACCCCGACUGUCCCCGGGGGCAUUCAAAAUAUCAUCAAUGGGAACAUAAGUCUAUGUCCUGCAUCAGUAGAAGAGGAAAAACGUGUAAAUCGGACCAAACGGGAGACAGCUUCACCAUCACCAGUGGAUUCUAGGACAGCUCACUCGGUCCCCCUGAGUGUCCCCUUCUAUCUGUCCUGUCCUAUAGACUCCUACCAUGCUGUCUACACCUGGGAGCAUGGAAGCCAGAGGAGCCCUUGUCUCCAGAUGCAGUCUAACUGCCUGCACCUCAUCCCUGCCAUGGCACACGAGAACUAUGGCGGCUACAAGUGUGUUUCCAAAGAGAACGACUACACCAAAGUGGUGAAAAUGUAUCAGCUUACAGAGCAAAAGAUUCCAGAUACAAAUAACAGGAUAGUUACCUAUUUUCAAAUGAAUGAUGCAUCAGCUGUCAUGCCGCAGAAGGCAUGGAUAACCCUUGGACUUGUUGUGUUGGCGAUUUUCAGAUAGGAUUUGCAAAGAUGAACUCUGCACUUGCUUCCUUUCCAAUCUUUUUCAUGUAUGAAACUGUGGGACGUAGGCAGCAUUAAAGGAAAUCCACCAACAAAGCUUGCAACUCGCCAAUUCAAGCAGGAACGCUCCCCAGUGAACCUAAAAUCAUAUUUGUGCAAGUGGACAUUUAGCUGUGUUUGGCAGAAAAGUUAGGCUUUCAAGUCUACAAGAACAUACUCUAGCCAUGUUUAUUUUCCAAAGAGGCCAGAACAGGAAGAGGUUGAUGGAGGGAGAAAGCAGCACACAGGUCAGCAGCAGACAUAGCGCAUAGUGUUUGUUUGGAUCAGCUUCUGGUGAGAGAGCCACAAACAGCCCAGUACACAGUAAGUAGGUGUGGUGUAGUAGUGUGUGCACAUUGAUGCAAGCUGUUUGGUCUAUUAGAAAUCAAAAAUCCCCUCUGCUAACAGAAUGUUCAGAUCAGAGUGUUUAUGGAAGGGUGGAGGCCACCAGGGAACCUCCCGGAUUCCCCUUAUAGUUCAGACAGAGGCAUUUGGAAAAUGUGCAUGAAAACUGUUUUGCCAGAGCAGACAAUAUCCGAGCACCUUGUAAAAUAUGCCAAUUGAUUUUGGCAAAACUUUUUUUGAAUUUUGUGUUGACGUACAAAAACCACAUCAACAUUAGCUGCAGUGUGAGCGAUGGACAUUAGUCCCACAGUCCUCUUGAUGUAGAACAGAUUUGAAAUCAUGGUUGAAGUUGAUAGUUUUGCAUCUACACAGUGUGCACAUAUCUUUGCACACUUUUAGAUAAGUUUUAGAUAAGCUACUUCUCUAUUCAGUUAUUUAUAUGAAAGAGAGACUAUGUAAUAAAAAGCUAAAUACUGGCUUAAGCAUCAACAGCAGCAAAAGAAGAGGAAAGUUAUUUAUAUAUGUAUAUUAUACUGUAGAGCAAUAUUUUGCUAAAGUUUUCUAACAUUAGUAACCAAAAGCUACCAACAGCUCAUAUCGGACCAAGUGAGACAGUAGCAGCAAUACAGAGGGAAGAAGUGGUGUGUGUCAUUGCUUAUGGAUGUUUAUUCUUUAAAAUGUUUAAAAACUACUAAGUUAAAUUAUUUAUGAUUAUGAUGUAUUGUGGUACAAUCUUUUGUGUUUUACUGGAGAUUUUUAUACAUGCAAGCAAUAUGUGAAUAAUAUGUGUAAAAAGUAUAUUUUUGCAUAAUGUCAGCUUGAAAAGAAUGUAAGGGAAUAUUAUUUAUUUCCUGCUAAUUGAAAUAAAAAAAGAAUGGAGCUGAAGGAGUUGGAGCCAUACCUCGCUUAGAUCCACUCGUAAGUGCUUUGAAGAGAGUAGUUUAUUUUUACCUAGUAGGUGAAAUGCCUUUAUCAGAUGUGACAUCCUGAAAUAAACCACAUGCAGCCUGAUCAGCAACAACAACCCAGGAUCUUCAGUUUAAACUGUUUUAUUCCUGGAUUAAUAGCUUCGGUCGAAUUCCUCCUGCUUUUUCUGUCAUCUCAGAUCUAAAAUUAAUCCAGAUGACACAUCUGCAUGGCACAUUCAUGUCUGUUUUCUAUUUUGAGACAUUGAAUACCAAAAUAAAGUGCUGUUAUCUUUUCAGUUAAUGAGGCAAGAACAGGAAGGGGGAGUACCAUCAUUUAGGUGGGUUCAUUUACUUGAUUGCGACCAAACCCUGCUGUCAAGAAAAAUAUUUUCUU